UGGAAAGGAUCUUUGGGAAAUGUAGUUCAAAUUAGCGAAACCGGCGUUACAAAACAGCAUCCUCGUGCUCAUGUAACUGGUUGUGUAAAGAGGAGUUGGUCGUAUUAUUCCGGGCUGUUCUGUUGCCUCUUUGUUUGAAUUAUAUGUAUUUUUCCUGAACUGCACUUAUUAAGGCGGUUAAACGUGAAAACCUGUCGCGCUGUAUGCUGCUCUGUUUUCCAACGAGCUCGUCUCUGUUCUCGGCAGUUCCUCAGCGGCUGCAGCCGAAGUGCACCGUCCUUCUACUGAACCAGGGGCUCGGACCGGCACUCCUGUCCACAGACUCCUCCGUGAACAUCAUGGCAGACAAAAAGCGCAAAGCUACGGUGGGCAAUAAGGAGCCCAGAGGCAAGCGGCAGAAGGUGUCCAUAAAGGAGGAGAAGGCGGAGAACAGCGCGGGUACCGGGGAGCAACAGAGGGAGGACAAGAAGGAGCUGAAGUUCAACGAUAAGCGUCAGCGUUUCAUUACCGACACCCAGAAGAUCCGGCAGGGCUCUGAGGCUGUGCUGUACUGGAUGUCAAGAGACCAGAGGGUUCAAGAUAACUGGGCUCUGAUCCGUGCCCAGCAGCUGGCUGUGGAGGAGAAGCUGCCCCUUCAUGUCUGUUUCUGUUUGGUGGUGCCUAAAUCUGAGCUGUCCACCCUGAGACAUUACAGCUUCCUGUUGAAGGGCCUGCAGCAAGUCGAACAGGAAUGCAAAGAGCUCAACAUCCAGUUCCACCUGCUGCACGGUGCAGCAGGGGAUGUCCUCCCAGGCUUCGUGACUGAUCACAGGUUUGGGGCAGUAGUGACAGACUUCUCCCCUCUCAGAGAGCCCCUGCAGUGGUUGGAGGAUGUCCAGAAGAAACUUCCAAAGGACAUCCCCCUCAUACAGGUUGAUGCCCAUAAUAUUGUUCCCUGCUGGAUAGCAUCACCUAAACUGGAGUACGCUGCCAGGACCAUCAGAGGAAAAAUCACCAGUGUUUUGUCCCAGUUUCUGACUGAUUUUCCUCCUGUGGUGGAGCACCAGUACAUCGCUAAAAAGACAGCCAAAUCUGUAGACUGGGAGAAAACCCUGGCCUCCCUGGACGUCGAUCGAACGGUCGGCGACACGGAGUGGGCUAAACCAGGCACAGAAGCAGGAAUGGCCAUGUUGGAGUCUUUCAUCGACGUGCGUCUUAAAUUGUUCUGCACCCACCGUAACGACCCGAACGCCGCUGCCCUCAGCCAGCUGUCCCCGUGGAUCCGCUUCGGCCACAUUUCAGCUCAGCGUGUGGCGCUGCAGGUCCAGCGCUGUGGGAAGAACGCUCGCGAGUCCAUCGCCUCCUUCAUCGAGGAGCUGGUGGUGCGCAGAGAGCUGACGGACAACUUCUGCUACUACAACCCCAAAUACGACAGCGUGGAGGGUGCCUAUGAGUGGGCUCAGAAGACCUUGAAAGACCACGCCAAAGACAAGAGAGAGUACCUGUACACACGAGAGCAGCUGGAGAAAGCCCAGACACAUGACAAGCUGUGGAACGCAGCUCAGUACCAGAUGGUCAUUGAGGGGAAGCUGCAUGGUUUUCUGAGGAUGUACUGGGCCAAAAAAAUUCUGGAGUGGACUCGUUCUCCAGAGGAGGCGCUGUCCAUCGCUCUGUACCUGAAUGAUCGCUAUGAGCUGGACGGUCAGGACCCCAACGGUUUUGUUGGUUGUAUGUGGUCUAUCUGCGGCAUCCAUGACCAGGGCUGGGCAGAGAGGCCAGUGUUUGGAAAAAUCCGCUACAUGAACUACAAGGGCUGCCUUCGGAAGUUUGAUGUGGCCAAGUUUGAGAAUAAGUACUGUCCCAAAAAGCUCUGAAAUGGGACGUUUCCUGAUGAAUGGGUAGAAAAUGCAAACAAUGCAGAUCUCCCUACAUCACUGCCUUAAAGAGCAUCUUUAUAUUUUAUUAUAUCACAUUUUAUUUAUUUUAUUUUUUGUCACAUUAGG